UUCAUUUCAGAUGAUAAAGGUUGUUCAUCUUCUGAUGGAGAGACAGACUUAACAUCAAAAGAGCAGCUGACAGUCAACAGGUUUUCUUGUGUCACCUGUGGAAAAACACUGAGCACAAAGAGAAACCUAACGAAACACGAGAGAACACACACAGAACAGAAAGACUUCAGCUGUAAGAUAUGCAACAUCAGCUUUCUUACCGCAGAAGAGAGGAGACUUCAUUCUAAAGAGCACAGCGGGAAGAAGGCGUUUCACUGUGAACAGUGCGGGAAGGAUUUUUUCACCACUGCUCAUAAUAUGAAAGCUCAUAUUAAGACACACGACAAAAAGUCUUUCCACUGCAGUGAAUGUGACAAGUAUUUCAGCACCAAAGGAACUCUUGAUGUUCAUAAGCGAAUCCACACGGGAGAAAGACCACACAAGUGUCCUCACUGCGAGAAGAGCUUCAGCCACGGAUCUCAUCUGAAGACACAUGUGCGUUUGCACACCAAUGAGAGACCGUAUCAGUGCAGUGAAUGUGGGAAAACCUUUACAGACUCAGGCUCUCUAAAGUCACACCAGAAAGUACACUCUGAUAAGAAACCUUUUCAGUGCAAACACUGCGACAAACGAUUCCGUCAAAAAUCUAAUUUGAACAAUCAUGAGAGGACUCACACCGGAGAGAAACCGUAUCUGUGCUCCUACUGCGGGAAGAGCUUUUCUAAUCCAUCUCAAUUUGUAUUUCAUAAGCGAGUCCACACUGGAGAAAAACCGUAUCACUGCAGCGUUUGUGGAAAGAGUUUCGGAAAACAUAGUACUUUACAAAACCACAAGAGGACUCAUACUGGAGAAAGACCGUUCAAAUGCUCACAGUGUGAAAAGACCUUUGCUCGAUUAUGCAUCCUUAAGGUCCAUCAGCGAGUUCAUACAGGAGAGAAACCUUACUCCUGCUCCAUCUGCGGCGAGAGAUUCGCUUAUUUAGGUAGUUUUCAGACCCACCAGAACAAACACACUAAAGAACAAACUGCUCCAGAAUCAUCAGAGUGACUUUCAUCAAUCAAUCUGGGAAAAAAAAAAACUCAUUCAGCUCAUAGUGGACCUGUAUAUUGAGCUCUUACUGCCAGUAGGGGGCAGUGAGCUUUCAUGUGCAUUUUCUUUUCAAGGCAUUUUUGACAGAAUAGAACGAUUAUUUUAUAUUUAACCAAACAGAACUAUAAAAAAAUCUUCAAAAUAAAAUACUACAACAAUA